AUGUUCGCUACUCGCCCACUGAGAAUGCAAGCCACCCAGUCUCGUCUAGGUCCUUUGCCCGUGAAAGGAAACCCAAAGCGGUAUUUAAUCACCCCUCCUCCCAAGAUUACAAUAUCAAAUUGCGACGAACGUCAUGAGAGGGAAACGCCUCCGAACCCUCAAGAAGAUCCCCCCAGAAUUGUUCCCUCUGGCGUCGCCAUCGGUGCUGCCACAUAUUCACUCAUCAAAAAAUUGAGAACGGACAAGACUCUCCGUCUGUCGCGACCUAAGCCUGAAGAUGUCAGCCAUUAA